UGACCGGUCGGGCGGCGGGCUGGGCUCUCCCCCUCGGGCAGCCACGCGCGGCCGCGCUACGCGACGCCCCGCUCCAACCGGCGUUCACUGUGCCGCACACGUUCCGUACUGGUCGCUGUGGGGCGAGGGUUGGUCGGUCCGUGCUUCGGUUCGUCUGAGGUGGCCGGCUCGGGCCCCUGGUGUCCGCUGCUGCGCACGGAAAACGUGCCCUGGACAUGCCCCAACGGAGGCUGGCCACGCGCCAUGUGUGACACGAUGGACCGGUACGUGACGCUCAGCCAGCUGGGCGAUGGCACCUACGGCUCGGUGGUGCUCGGAGAGCGGGUCGACACCGGCGAGAAGGUGGCCAUCAAACGGAUGAAGCGGAAGUACACGUCAUGGGAGGAAGCAAUGAACCUCCGUGAGGUCAAGUCUUUGAAGAAGCUGAGUCACGCGAAUGUCGUGAAGCUGAAGGAGGUCAUUCGAGAGAACGACACGCUGUACUUUGUGUUCGAGUAUAUGAAGGAAAACCUGUACCAACUGAUGAAGGAAAGCCAGCAAAGGGCGCGCGCUGGAAAGAGGGACAAGGUGCUCUCGGAGCCGGUUAUACGCAACAUCAUGUACCAGGUGCUGCAGGGCGUGGCAUUCAUGCACAAGCACGGCUUUUUCCACCGGGACAUGAAGCCGGAGAACCUGCUCUGUAUGGGUCCCGACCUGAUCAAGAUCGCCGACUUCGGGCUGGCGCGAGAGAUCCGCUCCCGGCCGCCCUACACGGACUACGUCUCCACGCGGUGGUACCGGGCCCCGGAGGUGCUGCUCCGCUCCACCAGCUACAGCAGCCCGAUCGACAUCUGGGCGGUGGGCUGCAUCAUGGCCGAGGUGUACACGUACCGGCCGCUCUUCCCGGGCAGCUCCGAGAUCGACGAGAUCUUCAAGAUCUGCUCCGUUUUGGGCACUCCCGAUAAGCGCGACUGGACCGAGGGCUACCAGCUGGCCACCACCAUGAACUUCACGUUCCCGCAGUUCAGCCCCACCGCGCUGGAGACCAUCAUCCCGACGGCCAGCGCCGAGGCCAUCACGCUGAUCGCCGACAUGCUGCGCUGGAACCCCAGCAAGCGGCCAACGGCGCAGCAGGCGCUUAGGUACCCGUACUUCCAGGUGGGCCAGAAGCUGGGCGGCGGCAGCAGCGCCGUGCUGCCGGGCGUGCCGUCCAAGCAGAGCCGCGGCUCGUUCGCGGAGCCGGCCGCCAACGCCCGUCGAGUCUCCAAGUUCGACGACGACCCUUUCAAGGACGGCAGAGUCCCCAGCCACCUGCGGCUGAGUCAGAUGCUGUCGCGGACGAUGGCGGGCGCGGUGCCGGCGGCGGCGGCGGCGGCGGCCGGCGGCGAGGCGCUCGGCCGCACCAGCUCGCGUAACCUGACCGCCAAACAGGUGUACCUCAAUAAGGCACGCUACGUGGCCGGACAGAACACCCGGAACGCCCAGUACGGCAACGUGUCGGGUCAGGAGUCCGGUCUGGGCCUGGCGGCGCGCGGCUCCUACUACAACAGCAGCGUGUCCAUGAAGGCGUCCGGCGCCCGCGCCAACGGCUCCACCGGCAGCCUGCACGGCAGAACCGACUGGGCGGCCAAGUAUAACAUGUACAGGUCCCAGGUGGGCCAGGCGGGCAACACCUCCAAGGCGGCGCUCACCGGCCGCACCAACUGGGCCGCCAAGUACCUGAAGUAGCGUCGGCAUCUGGGGGGCAGCGGGCGCUCGUGCCUCUGCCGGCCCACGCCGCCGACCCCUGACCCGGUCAG